AUGAUCUCGCUCGAUCGCGCACUGUUUGUGCUUCUGCUGGGCGUGCUAUUACAGGCCAUCCUGCAGCUGCGUGGCAGCGGCACGGCCGUCUGGCGCAGCAACGUUGCAGCUGAGUUGGCUCUGGCCGACACUCUGCUGGAGCAUCGACCAGAUGAGGGGGAUGCCUUGCUGUUGGCAGCCUUCGAGACCUUGGAAGUGCGGAAACGCUUGGUGGAAGGCCAGAUCGCGCAGCAUGAUGCGAUGCCAUGGUUUCAGCGCGCGCUCUACGACACCAGCAGCUUUCAGGCACAUGCUGAUUGGCUGAAGAGCUGGAGACAGGAGUGGUCUGAAAGAUUGGCAGCCAAACCUGCAGGGACCUUGCCACGGCGGGCGAAGUCGACGAAGUCGCCGUCGGGGGGUCUGCAGUCAGCGGUGGAGGUGGCACAGGAUGCCAUCAAGGGAGCGGCAGGAGAUUGGAAGGCGGCUGGGAUGGAUGUCGUCUUAGACGAAGUCAUCAAUCUGAUGGAUGCGGAAGCGGACAAUGCUUUUGUGUUGUCCCGGAGUUGCGAGUCUUUGCGCUAUAUGGCUGUGGACGAUGAGAGCCGAAGUGCAGUGGGGAAUAGCAUCCCAGUAAUUCUGAGGGCCAUGGUGCUGAACGAAAAUUCCUCGGAGGUCCAGGGCUAUUGCUCCGGCACUCUGGUGCAUUUGGCUGCGGCGCCAGCAACCAGAAGCGCCAUCAUUGAGAAUGAUGGAGUAGAAGCCAUCCUGCGGGGCAUGCGGCUUCACCCCGGCAAUUCCUUCGUCCACUUGAAGGCUUGUGCAGCUUUGGCCAACCUGGCCGCUACGAGCAGGGAGCAGAAACUGCUGAUGACGAAGGGCACGGGGCAAGAAGUGCUGCAGUCCCUGAAAACUCACCUGCAUGACUUGUCUGUGCUGGAGUAUUGUCUGGGUGCCUUCCACAACUUGGCCACGUAUAGCGAGAACCAGGCGACUCUCCGUAGCUUGGGCGCGCUGCGUGCGCUGCGGGAUGCAGUUCGAUUGUACCCGCAACACGCAGAAGUUCAACGGGUUGGCACCAAGACCAUCCGACUUCUGAAGGGCGUGGGCCGCGACUCCGUGGACAAAGCUCCCGGGGAUGACCGGGAGGACCGGGAGGACCUGCAGGCAGUGUAG